AUGGCUUUUGAUUUGCACAGCCCAUCAAGCUGCUUCUCAGUUACGUUGGCAGAGAAUUUGAAACAAAACAAUAUUGCCUUGGACCAGCUUCCCUAUCUAAUAGACGGUGACGUCAAGAUCGUUCAGAGCCAUGCUAUCUUAAAAUACUUCGGAAGACAGCACAAUCUCUGCGGUACCACAGAGGAGGAGCGGAUACGGAUGGACAUAAUGGAGCACCAGUUAGAGGAUACCCUGAACGCGCAUAUCUCCGUCUGCUACUCCACCUAUUUCGGACACGGAAAGCACGAGGACAGGAAGGCAGAGUACCUAAAACAUCUACCCUAUACGCUAAGACAGUAUUCGGAAUUCUUAGCCGAUCAUCCGUGGUUGAAGUAA